AGGUAAAAUGAACAGUUCCAGCCUCAUGGUGUUCGUCUCCAGAUAAAGGAUAGUUAUCUAUGAUUGAGGUUCAGUUUGUCCAGGAUGAGACCAAGAAUGGUUCAAGAGGAUGAGAGAACAACUGACCAUUACAGGUUUCAUCUAAAAGUAUUAUAUCUGCUCUCAAUCCUAAGUUUGAGUCUUCAUGCUACUGCAGGACGGAGGGAUGAAAUAUCUCAACCCUUGAAUAAAUCCUGGAACUAUUUCUCCGGCUGGUUGGAUGGUAAAGAAAUAGACGUAAGAGAUUCAGGAACAGCUGAUAAUGUAAAUAUAGGUUCUAGAGAUGAUCAGAACAAUUUUGAAUUAGAUUUUGGAGUUGACGGAGGCAAAAAUGAGAAGAGAAACGAAAGAGAAAGAGAGAAGGAAAGCACAAGAGAAAGAAGAGAAAUAAAAGAAGGAAGAAUCGGGAGUGUGGAAUUUGUUCAUCCAAAGCUUAAGACGGACAUAGAGAAGGAUAAAGGGGAUCCAAACAAUCCCUGGGUUUGGUUAACCUCAUUCUCAAGGAUACCGGUUGAGGCUAUUCAAGAGUUCUGUUCUGCUACAAGAGAUUAUUGUCCCCCGGGACGAGAAGGAGCUCAGGGUGCUCCUGGUCUUCCUGGUUUCAAGGGACAGAAGGGUGAUCAUGGUCUUAAUGGUAACACAGGACUCAAGGGGAGCCGGGGACAUCGUGGUUCAAUAGGUCCAGUUGGUCCUCGUGGACCUAAAGGAGAAGAUGGUAGGGCUGGUCUACCGGGACUGGAUGGAAGGGAUGGAUUGCCCGGAGAACUAGGACUAGACGGAGUUCCAGGAAGGAAUGGUUUGGAUGGUAUCCCGGGGGUAGACGGUAUCCCUGGAACCCCAGGUAUGGCUGGUGUUCCUGGAACUAACGGUCGGGACGGUUUGAAAGGAUCUACAGGUCCACGGGGUCCGGUCGGACCAGUUGGGGAGCGUGGUCUACCUGGACCACGAGGACGGGCUGGAGAUGAUGGUUUAGCAGGACGACCCGGUACACCAGGGAUUUGUGCUUGGAAAGUGGCAGGAGCUUGUGAUGAAAUGGAACAUUUAAUGAUUCCUCCUUCAAUCAGCAGCACUACAGAAGGUACCAGGCCGGUCAUUGUAAAGGAACGUGAGAACCUAAAGUUAACAUGCGCAGUAUCCGGGGAUCCUAAACCGGUGGUCAGCUGGAGUAGGACGGAUAAUCUCACUAUUAUUGAUGGACAAACCUUGAGAAUGAGUAAUGUCAUUGGUGGAGUCCUGAAUAUAACGCAUAUCAGUCGUGAGCAUAUGGGAACCUACGCAUGCGUAGCUAAUAACGGAAUUCCUCCAGCUGCCACCCAGCUCUUUAUGGUUCAUGUCUACUUUUCUCCGACGGUAAUAGUCCGUGAGCAGGUGGUGGGGGGCUGGGCUGGAGAACUGCUCACCCUGGAGUGUAUAGUAGAAGCUUGGCCUGAACCAGUCAAUUACUGGGAGAAGGACGGAAAGCUCAUCCAGGUUGAUGAAAACCAUGAAAUCAAGCAAUCUAAAGGCAGGCUACAGUAUAAAUACAUCAGCACACUUGUUCUCACGCUCAGGGAGAGAAAAGACGAAGGAACUUAUUAUUGUGUGUCUAAGAACGAGAUCGGGGUCACAAGAGGAAAUAUUCAACUCUAUAAGAGAGACCCGAACCGUCCCCCACCUCCGAAAUCUACGGGUAAACUUGAGUUUGAAUAUUUCGGAGACCGAGCUCCAGAGCUCCUGGGAUUCCAAGAUAUUUGUCCUAAACAAGAACCGUGUCCCGACUGCGCCAGUAUGGGUCCUCUCAGAUGUGAAGGUUCUGCUAGAAUAUUUGGAGUUGGUAUUUCAGCAUUUGACCCUUCACUUCCUGGAAUAUUUAACAGGAGUGAGGACUGUACCCUGGAAACUAUUGGGAAGCCUGUGUUUAAGAAGUAUACCCCUGACCAACAAGGAGGUUGGAUGAUGGAUCCUAGUCCAAGAGAUCCUACAAACCAUCAUAAGAUCUGGACAAUUAGUGGUGGAUUAACUACAGGAGAGAGAAGUACAAUUCAAGAAUUUCCUGAUGAGGAUAGAUUCAGGUCGGAGCAGGCUUCAAGAAACCAUUCUCUCAGGAUACCUUUCAUGGGAACCUCAAAUGUUGUGUACAAUGGUUCCUUCUUCUACUUUAGUGAAGAAAAAGAAGCGAUAGUGAAGAUGGAUUUAUCUACUCAUGAGCUGAGAUGUUUACCUAUACCUAGAGAGAAGCAAAAAGAUUUGAUGGAGCCAAAUCUGCGGUGUGAGGAUGUUAAGAAACGAGAAGGACCAGAGUUCCUUACAAGACUCUACCCAGAGAUGGGAGGACGGGUGUUUGUUGACCUUGCUAUCGAUGAAAAUGGUCUUUGGGCAAUUAUGGCGAUGAAAGAAAAUAACAACACUCUAGUUUUAAAGAUAUCUGCCUGGAAUUUUGAGUUGACCUGGGCCUGGAAUAUUACGUUGAAUCACAAUCUUGUGGGAGAUAUGUUUAUAGCUUGUGGAGUACUUUACGCAGUGGAUAGGACUGAUACUAGAGAUACAAAGAUACGACUCGCAUUGGAUCUAUACACACAUCAGAUGCUGGAGAUAGAACUACCCUUUACAAAUCCCUUUAGGCACACAACUAUGCUUGGUUAUAAUCCAAGAAAAGAUAACAAGGAUAGAACUAAUAGGCCUAGUGGGUUUCUGUAUACCUGGGACGGAGGAAAUCAGCUCACAUAUCCUAUCAAAUAUCAUGAUAUAGGAUACAAGGAGCCCCCACCUCUCACAACAGAACCUUCGGAGACAGGAUCUUUUACUAAUCCACCAACAUACAUAGGAUUGAAACUACCGGAGAAAUAAAUCUACCGAAGACCUCCGAAUUCUGUCGGAUUAAAUCUACGACUUCCAAUGGAUUUGAAGGAUUAAGGAAACAAGAAACAUAUUCUCCGAAAUCUGUCGGAUAAAAUCUAUCGGAGACAUCAAGUUUUAUUUAAGUUUUGUCAAAUUUGUUAGUAAUAUUGUAUUUUAUAUUAUUUGUAUAUUAUUCAGAUGCUUCGUGUUGAACAUAUUUCAUUUAAAACUGAAAGACAUUGCUUUGAAAUUGCAGAAAUAACCAGAUGUAAAAUCGUGUUACUUUGAUGGCAUUAAAGUUUUAAAGGACUAAUUAUUUUAGCACAUUUUUUUUCAUUUCCAAUAAAAACUGUUCUCAAAAAGAAACAUCUUACUCAUUUUGAAUCAAUAAAGUCUGUUAAUUUCUAAUCUU